GAUACUUCAGAGCUGUGAAGCCGCCCGCCUUACGGUCGCCUUGCCGCCGGGCGCCAUGGUGCGUGACUUCUUGCGGCUUUUGAUUCGGCCACGGAUCGACAGGAAGAUGUUCAAAUGUGAGCAAUCUCAAAGCGACUGGCUCUUUGUUUGCAGAGAAGGCCCAUAGAACAUGUCGGAGGCCUAUGAGCGAUGGAAUGUCAUCUAUGUUUGGAGUUUGGUCUUGACCUCUUUGGUCCUUUGGUUGGGCCGUGCCCUAUGGGAGCUGUCCAGGCUGAAGUUGGGGACUGUCUUUGAGGACAUCCUCUUCACAGUGGUGGACAUUCUGCUGUGCACCGUGCUGAAUGGCCUCUCUUGGUACUGCGUGGUGAAACGCUUGGGCUUCUGUGGCCGGGCGGGAUAUCUGGUUUGGGCGCUGAUCUACGUCUUCCUGAGCAUCGGGCGCUUGCAGACCAUUACCUGGAGCCAAUGGUUCUUGUUUUACAUCUUGAUGCUCAUCCCAGCGGGCUACAUGAUUCUGGCCUUGAUCCAAUUGUACCGCAGCAGUCGGCCUGGACUCCUGACGUGAGUCGACCGUGAGAUACGCCGUGAGAUACGCCGUGAGACCAAUGACCUGAAAAUCCGCUGAGCAGUUGCGAAGGGAUUUUGAGAUGGUGAAAUAUGGUGAAUGUCCAAUGAAAAUCAUCCCUUUUCAUGGUGAAAUCCAAGCAACCGAUCGAUUUUAAGGGAUUUUUCAGAGGUUUCUG